GCUGUGUGAGUUGUACUCAAUCGUUCUCAGCCUCGAUUACUCUCUCGUUCGACAUCAUUUCAAAAUUGUUUUUUUAGUUGAACUCUUAAUUCCUUCAAGAAAAAGCCCCUGCCAUGGUUGCCCGCCUCAUCAUGGGCAUCCUGCUGUGGGGCGAGCACAUCCUGCCCAGAACCAACUUGCUCCAUCAAUCACUGAUUCCUGUGCUUCCAGUCCGGGGAAUGGCCAAAAGGAAGGGCCACAGCACCGAGAAGGGCAAGAAUUUUUGUGAGAGGAAUCGGUUCCUUGGUGGCUGCUUUCAAAGGAAAGAACCUUAUAGAAGGGAGCAGAAGAAGCCAAAGGGAAAGCGCUGUCGAGAUCCUUGCAAGGAUGGAGCCUGUCGCCCCAGCAAAUAAAUUGUAAAAACUAAAAAUUAUCAUGUAUUAACUAACAACUUUUGGAUUCCAUUUACAUAUGUUGAAAUUUGUGAACUUUCAUUUGGCAAUGAAAGCUUGAAAACAAAAUAAGUUGGGUUCAACAUAUUAAAAAAGAAUUUCAAGGAAAA